GGCGGAGGCCGGGUCCGCAGCCCCUCCUGAGCUCGCGCGGGUCCCUGGCUCCCGCGUAGCUGCGGCGCGGCAGCGGGCGCCUCCGUUAGCCUCGGGCCGAGCCCGGAAAGCGAAGCCUCUGCUGGAAGUUCACGGACUCCGGGCCCCCAGGCAGGUCAAAUUCUGGUGCCCAUCAUGUCCAGUUUUGAAGACGCCGACACAGAAGAGACACUCACUUAUCUCCAGAUAACUGUUUACCAUCCUGGCCAGCUAAACAGUGGAAUUUUCCAAUCAGUAAGGUUUUAUAACAGAAAAAAACUCCCCUCCAGUGAAGUGCUGAAAUUUGGCCGAAAUUCCAACAUCUGUCAUUAUACCUUUCAGGACAGACAGGUUUCCCGAGUUCAGUUUUCUCUACAGCUAUUUAAAAAGUUUGAUAGCUCCGUUCUCUCUUUUGAAAUUAAAAAUAUGAGUAAGAAGACCAGUCUGAUUGUGAACAAUAAGGAGUUGGGCUACCUAAAUAAAAUAGACUUGCCGUACAAGUGCAUGGUCAGAUUCGGUGACUAUCAAUUCCUAAUGGAGAAAGAAGAUGGAGAGUCAUUAGAAUUUUUUGAGACCCAGUUUAUUUUGUCUCCAAGAUCACUCUUGCAAGAAAGCAACUGGCCACCACAGGAGCCCAUACCUCAGUAUGGCAGUUAUUCAUACUGUUCCACUAAAAGCACUACUCCUACAGAAAUGGAUGAAAACCAAUUGUGAACACAGAUGGCCAAGAGGAGAAUUGUGAGGAUGAAGAGCUCCAUAGUUAUUUUAUAGAUGCUCCGGUUAGUGGAGGAUAUUAUUGUCAUCUGUUAAUAGAUCUCCUAUUGCCAUUUUGAAGUCUGUAAAUUCUGUUAUUCAUUUAGUCACCUGUUUCAUUUCUGGAUAUAUGAACAAUUAUUCUAAGUGUACGUAUGUGAGGGUUAAUGUGCAAAAAGCAUCCUUUGUGAUGAAGGAGUACUGUUCUCAAAAUUAGUUAUAUUAUUUUUUCUUUUUAUGCUUGAUUUUAGUCCUGUGUUUUGUUUUGUAAAGAACUACCUUCUGAGUUGGUCAUGUUAUUUCACAGCAGCUGUUUGUUUUCCAAAGGUCAGGGCUACAGGCAAGUUGUUACAGGUGUUGUAGCCUGUUGGCACUUGUACCAGAGUACUGGAACACAGCAUGAUGUGUUUGGGAACAAUGUCUGUACAUAACUGUGGUUUUAAUAUGGGGAGACUUAUUUGAGCAAUAAUACCUUGAUUUUGUAUGAUUUUCUUUCUACAGAAUUAUAGUGUUUAUUCCCAAGAAUACAGUUCUUCUUGUCUAUAUUUAUCAUCUAAAGCCAGUAUUUUCAACAUUUUAAUGAACCACUAUGUUAAGUUUAGCAUUAUUUUGUUUUCUUACCAAAAACGACUUGCUUUUUAUGUUCUACACAUUUUUUAAUUCUGUGAAUUCAAAAUUUUAACAGCAUCUGUGCACAUAAUAAAGUCACAGUUUCUCUAACCAUUUUCUUUAACACUGACGAAAGGAAAAAGCUGUUGUUAGGCUGUUCUAAGGGAGGCCUCAGCAUUCAGCAGUAGCUUGGGGAUUCAAACCCCUCCAGCUCUGCCCCUCGGUGCACAUUGGCCCCAUUCUCCAUUUGUUCCUCCUCCACUAGAUGGCACCAGUAGGUCCCACGUUUAUCAGUCACCCAAAGAGAACCUGAUUUCCCAGUUCCAGUGAAGGGACAGCCUAGGUCAGCUGCCCACUCCUCUACCAGUCAACUCUUCUCAGGUCACAUUAAAUAACAGCUGCUCCAGAGGUGACCACGUGGAUAGCAAAAACAUAUUCCCAAAAGAUGGCCACAGGAGGGUGGGAGUUGGAGCAAGUAAAAAUUGGACUUUGAUACAAGUUACUGCAGCUAAGUUGUGAAACUUCCAAUAUAUCCCUUACAGACCUAUUCAUCCCAGGAAAUUUAUUUUUCCUUGGCUCCUUAAGUGAAGGGAUGUGUUAAUUGGUACCAGUGACACAGUUGCCAGCCUGAAAAUAACAGCCACAAUGAGAGAAAAACUAGCUGCAAUCUUACUGCCAGGAGCAGCUGCAUAACAGCCAAAGACACGGGCAAGGGAAUCAUUCCCUCCUGGACUGAGUGACGGCAGCCACACAAACAGUCUGCGCUGGCACUGAGGUGUCCCUGAGACUGUAAGUAAAUGGCACUCUUGUAGACCUAGUGCAGGUCUGAUGUGAGUUGGGCAUGUGCCAGGCUAUGUUCAGUGUGGCCUAGAUGAUGAGCAGUUUCUUGCUGGAAUGUGGGACUUGGUGUUGCAAAAUGCCCCCUCCAGUACUUUUGGCUUGCUUAUGGCAAUCCUGGCUCCCUAUGUGGGACGCCUGAUUAAUGAAGUAACAACCGUGGUGGCCAGUUUGGGAGAAGCUGAAACCCGGAGGCAGCAGAGGGGGGUGCGUGCAGAGACUCAGUGAGGGCCCCCAGAAGGAAAAAGGCAGGGCUGUGUACCGCAGAGAGUAACCCGGACCUGGAUGUGGGUGGACUUACUAGCUGAUAGAGUAGACAGGGCCAAAAAACUGAUCAUCAGUCAAAUGCUUAUCUGUUGUAAUUAUGGAAGCAACUGAAACCAGAACAGCAGUAUAUGAAGUUGGGGACUGCAAAGGCUGUGCCUGCUGCACUGGCCCUCUACCCGGAAGACCAGUUGAUCACACUAGGCACGGACCCCGGGGAUGAUGGUCUCCUGUUUAAGUAUGAUUAGGAGCAAAGUCAAGGGACCCGCUUGGUGGAGGGCAGCAGAGACUGGAGGCCAUGUGUAGAAUUAACCAUGUACUGGUGCCCCACAAAUGUACAACAGGUUUUGGCUAUGGUGGAUAGAGGGGCAGAGUGUAGCCUCUCAUAUUGGAACCCUGAACAGUUUCCUGGCCCAGUAUCAUACACUGAUGGAAGCAGUGGGUGAUCUGUUAAAGUGAAAGUGAACUCAAUAACUUCGGCGAUUGAUCAUCUUCCACCUCAAGUGUACACAAGAUUUGUCUCCCCAUAUCAGAGUACAUUUUGGGCACUGACAUCCUGCAAGGACUGUGGUUGCAACCUACUGCUGGUGCAUUCCACCUCCGUGUGCGAGUGAUAAAAGCAAUAGGAGGCUAUCCUAAGCAUGCCUCCCAGCAGCUGCCUGCACCAUGGCACAUAAUCCACAUCAAGUAAUACUGGCUGCCUGGGGGACACACAGAAAUAACUGCUAUCAUUGAGGAGUUGGAGAAGGUGGGCAUUGUGUGACUCACACACAGCCCAUUCAGUGCUGGCUGGGACUUGGUGAAUGCCAGUGGAUUACAGAGAGUUAAAUAAAGUGGAGUCGCUGCUGCACGCAGAUGGACCAUCAGUUGCUGAUUUGAUGGAUGAACUGACUGACUCUAGGAACAUACUAUUGUUCUGGACCUUGCUAAUGCCUUUUUCUCUAUAGCACUGGCCCCUGAGAGCCAGGAGCCAUUUGCUUUCACAUGGCAAGGACGACAGUGGACUUUGACAGUCUUGCUGCAAGGAUAUCUACACAGCCUUACUGUUUGCCAUGGCCUGGUGGUUGCUGAUCUGUCAAAAUGGCCCCAACUUGUGGCUGUAAAAAUAUUUCAUUACAUGGAUGAUGUUUUACUAA